AUGGAGCACGACAAUUCUAGUCCCAUGCCCGAAGACCCUCGCCUCUCACCACAAUCAGGCUCUUCGUCUGCCUCAAUAGAACACAACGACGAGAUGCACCACCCAACACCAGUUCGUCCCCGCCUGCCCAAUCGCCACAGUAGCGGCACAAUCAUCGUCAACCGCGACUCGUCACAGGUCGGCCCCAUCGACAGGCAAUUCGAACCCGACGACGUGCGCGCCAUGAGUCCUCGGAGGACAAGUGAGGAUAUCGAGAACAUGGGCAGGGCUGCGCGGGAAGAGAUGCAGAGACACGCUCUCGCGUUACAAAACUCACUCAUCAUGAUCUUCAACCGCAUCGAGGCAGUCAAAGAGGAGCACGAUAAGCUCGACAACAACAACAAGUUUCUCCAGAAAUACAUCGGAGACCUCAUGAGCACAAGCAAGAUCACAGCAGGCGGCAGUCGCGGUCGCAAAUAG